CACGACUGACACGUUAUAAAGCGACACACACACACGGCGUGUGAUCAGAAGAGUGCCUGUCCGAUAUAUCUAGUCCAGGCACAAUAGCCAACUUUAAAUCCGUCAUUAUCUAACAUUUAAUUUCUGAAUCACGGUAAAAGUAAAUUGUAUCUGAUCAUAUUAGUUUUGUGGAAUCAACGGAAUCGAUGAAGACCUUCAUUUGCGCAUGCGCGGUGGCAGUGUUGGUGGUAGUGGUGGAGGUAUGGGGUGAUGAACCAGUACUGCCUUGCUCACCUUGUUACAAUGUCACAUGCGGCGAUCCUCCGGAGAACUGCGAGCUUGACAAGAUCCCAUGUGGGUGUUGUCCCACGUGCGUUAGACUAGAGGGACAACUAUGCGAGCCUUUCGCCCCCAGAUGUGGUUACGGCCUGAAAUGCCUUACCCCCGGGGGAUUUUAUGACGGACGGCCCCCAUGGUACAUGCAACAUAUGAGAGGUGUUUGUGUCAAAGGCCCCCAGACACACACUGGCCCAAUCCUCAAGGCAGGAAAACCAUCGACAGCUCCGAUCGUGUCUGCCGCAGACACGGGCGACAAUGUGUAACUGCGGAGUGUCUGCCAUGUUUCGUGGUUACUCGCCUUACAUUUCGCAUGUGUGAAAUCUGUUGUCUCUCAAGGCAUGUGACAUUAUUCUUAUUUAAUGAUCAAAACUUUACUAAACAUGUAAUCACAUCAACAUCAACCUUUGUGCAUCGUACAAAUAAAUCAUUUUCAUCGA